GGAAGCCGGGAGCAGCGCUGCUCUGGACGCUCAGUGCCCUGCCUGGCUGUGACUCCUCGCUCCGUGCUGGCCCGGAGCGGUCGGGCUGGCUUCUCCGCUGCCCGUCGGGAGCCUGGACCGUGCGCCCGCCGGAGCGCUCCUCUCCGGUCUUCCCGCGGCUCUCUAAGGCCUCGCCGUCCGCUCUAGGCCGCGGGUCUGCAUCUUCAUCCCUGGCGCUCGGUGACUCCCGGCACUCUGAGCUCUGGCGCUGGACAGCUUGUCAUUCAUGGUCCCCGGCUCAGGUCCCCGUUCCCCGCUCUCCUUCUGAGCUGCGCUGGGGGGCGCGGUCAGACACAUCCCCGCUUCGCCACGGAGCGUCUCCACAAUGGCUUCCCUUUAGGUAGAGGGCAAGCAGCCUAGGCCCGGGGGUCUGGAGAGGAUGGUGACCCCGUGGCGUUUGUCUGUCAGGGUCUGCUUGUCACACUUAAGAUGCUUUGAGUUCAGAAAGGAACUUGGGUUUUCCAGACCCCUGGGAUGCUCUCGCAAUGCCAGACUAUGUUGGUUUCUGCUAGGUACUUUGCCCAAAUUCAUUUCAGCCCAUGGCAGUGCUGGAGAGGGGGCGCCUGGCCCCUUGUGCCAGAGAAAGACUCACUGGAGUGACCUGGCUGAAAAUGGACUAGUGGAGAAGGUGGCCCAAGAAGGGCCCCUGACCCGCGUCUUACUGUGUCUCCGCCUAGGGCUCCGCGCUGGUGUGCUCUUGGCGAAAUUCUUCCCCCUCCUCUUCUUGUACCCUCUCACCUACCUGGCCCCUGGCCUCUCCACCCUCUGGCUCCAUCUGCUUUUCAAAGCUACAGAGACCUCAGGCCCAACAUAUAUCAAAUUGGGCCAAUGGGCCAGCACCCGGCGCGAUCUCUUUUCAGAGGCUUUCUGUGCCCAGUUCUCCAAGCUGCAUGUCCAGGUGACCCCCCACCCUUGGGCAAGGACGGAAUACUUACUUCAGCAGGCUUUUGGGGAGGAUUGGGGAAGCCUCCUCCUUUUCGAGACCCGGGAACCUGUGGGUUCGGGUUGUGUGGCACAAGUGUACAAAGCGUUUGCUAGUAUUUCCUUGCUGGAGAAGGACAGAAUCUGGAGACUGGGGGAGCUUUCUGUUCCAGGAACCAGGGCAAUCGGGAUGCAGAGAGAGUCCUUUAUGAAAGACUGGAAGCUUUCAGAAAAUCUUGCCGACGAAGCAUUUAUAGAAAAGCUGCUUCUUCCUAAAGCUGACCUUGGUAGGUCAGAAGUGCGUAUAUCUCAGGUUCCUGGUCCUCCACCUAAGUCAGACCAUCUCAUCCCAGUGGCAGUGAAAGUGUUACACCCAGGCCUACUCUCUCAGGUACAAAUGGAUUUACUGCUGAUGAGGAUCGGCAGCAAAGCCCUGGGGCUUUUACCAGGAGUCAAAUGGCUUAGCUUGCCUGAGAUCGUGGAGGAAUUUGAGAAGCUAAUGGUCCAACAGAUAGACCUGCGCUAUGAAGCUCAGAAUCUGGAACACUUUCAGCACAACUUCCAGGACAUGACGUCUGUGAGAUUCCCCACCCCACUGCACCCCCUCAUCACUAGGGAUAUCCUGGUGGAAACGUACGAAGAGAGUGUUCCAGUGUCCAGCUACCAGCAGGCAGGAAUUCCAACCGACUUGAAGAGGAAGAUCGCACAGCUGGGGAUCAACAUGCUUUUGAAGAUGAUAUUUGUGGAUAACUUUGUGCAUGGAGACCUACACCCUGGAAACAUCCUGGUCCAGGGUGCUGAUGGAGUGUCCCCAAGCCUGGAGAUGCAACAGCAGCAGGUGAAUGUCUGUGACACACUGGUGGCUACCAUAGCACCUGCCCUGUGCCCAUUGCGCCUGGUGUUGUUGGAUGCUGGCAUUGUGGCAAAAUUGCAGGCUUCUGACCUGAGGAAUUUCCGGGCAGUUUUCCAGGCUGUAGUGAUGGGGCAGGGCCACAGAGUGGCUGAGCUCAUGCUGCAUCAUGCCCAGGCCAAUGAGUGCAAAGAUGUGGAAAGGUUUAAGGCUGAGAUGGCUACACUGGUGACCCAGGCCCGGAAGAACAUCGUCACACUGGAAAAGCUUCAUGUUUCCAGUCUCCUGGCCAGCGUCUUUAAGCUACUGAUGACGCAUAAGGUAAAGCUGGAGAGCAACUUCGCCUCCAUUGUGGUUGCCAUCAUGGUGCUGGAGGGGCUUGGCCGCUCACUGGACCCCACGCUGGACAUCCUAGAGGCAGCAAAGCCCUUCCUCCUCAAAGGGCCAGCAUCCUUCCUGUGACCGUGCCAGUGCACACACAGUCAGGGCAGAUCCCGAGGAUCCGUCCUUUGGCAGCUGAGACACCUAAAAUUGGGAUGUGUGGCAGAAUCACCACCACUUUCCCAGUGACCUAGCUUCAGAGUCUGUUUAAAAAACUUUGGGUUAUUUUAGGGUAUAAAGGGAGGGAAGUUGAAACUGGUGCCAGGGACACUACUUCAGGAAAAUUAGUCUGUAGAAGAAGACAAAAUACAUUUACUUAUUUUGUUUUUCUGUUUUCUUCUCCUUAAAAGUAUGUGUGUCCUGUCUGUCUGUCUGUCUGUCUGUCUGUCUGUCUGAGUGUAUCUAUGUGUAUGCAGAUGCCUACUGAAGGCCAGGCUUGAGCAUUGAGUCCUUUGGAGUUAUAGGCAGUUGUGAGUGCUGGGAACUGAACUUAGGUUCUCUGAAGAGCAGCAAAGUUCUACUAACCACUGAGCUAUCUCUCCAACCUGUCCUUUGUACCUCCCUCCCUCCCUCCCUCCUUCCCUCCUUCUUUCUCUCCCUUUCUUAAAUUACAUGUACUUAUGUAGGAGGAGGGGCUGUGGUGAUGAGAACCAUAGGGAUUUCUAGGGAUUGGACUCAGGGCUUCAGGCCUGGCAUCAAAUGCCUUCAGUUCAGCCAUCCUGUUGCCGAUUUUUCUUUUUUCUCUACUCGCUGCACUCUUUGCUAGGUCCUUUUUGCUGGUGGUUCCUACCUUUAUACUUAGGUUAGAAAAUGCCAUAAAAUCCUGUAGACCACAAUUUCCAAAAAUGUUUUUGAAAAUUAUGUAUACAGUUGUGCAGUGGUUUCACACACCUUUAAUCCCAGUGCUUGAGAGGCAAAGGCAGGUAGAUCUCUGGGUUUGAGGCCACCUAGGUCUACAGAGUGAGUUCCAGGACUGCCUGGACCACACAGAGGAACCCUGUCUUGAAAUACCGGGUGAAAAAUAAAAAAGGUCUAGAUUUGACAAAAAGUUGAAAGUCAUUUUAAGUUUUAUAUGGGCACUGUUAAUACUAGGAAAAUUUUGAAGGCAUAGUAAUUGGCAAUUUGGGCAAGUUUUAAUGGAGUUCAAAUUAUCUUCUUGACAAUUUUUAACAUUUGGUAAUUUCUUCCUGAAUGUAUUUUUCAAUGUUAAAAUAAACUAACGAGGCUGGUGGUAUAGGUC